GGCCUGAAUGGGGGCACAAGCCUUUAAUCCCAGCAUUUGGGAAGCAGAAGCAGGCAGGUCUUUGUUUGAGGCCAGCCUACUCUACAGAGUGACUUCCAGAACAACCAGGGCCACAACAACAACAGUCACUCUUAAACAACAACAAAGUUCUUGCAGUGUUUCACAGUGUAUAACUUGCUACUUGAAGCCAUCCAUGGGCACUCAAGGCUGUAGGUUUGGGAUUAGGGUGCAGCCAAUGAUCCAGCCUGGACUUAGCAUUCAGCAGGCCCUGGAUUUAGUCCCAGCACAGUGACCGACUGCAUUUUGGAGCUCUCCUGAGUUCGGGAGGGUGACACAUUAUCAGUCGUCUUUUGGGUGCAAUGGCUCAGUGGUUAAGAGUACUCGUUGGGCUUGCUUCCUUCCUUCCUUCCAUGCAACGAUCUAACUCAGACCCAGGGUCUCCUGGACUCUGCACACACUUGGCACAGAGAUACUCAUGCGGGAGAAACAGCCAUGCUCAUUGAAAAAAAAUAAAUUAAGCAAAAAUAAAGGAGUAAAUUAAGAGAGAGGAACCAGAGGGGGUUUAUUUGGGUCUUCAUGGUGGAAGCAGCUGUCUGUCACCUUCUCACUGAUCUACUUGGGUCAAGGCUCUUAACAGUCCCAAAGUUUCCGUAUGUGGGCCACUGGGAGCCACCUGUUGAAGCACAUGAAUGGGGGCAGUUUCACACCCAAAUGCAGAUGUUUUCAACUGUUGGGCAGCAGUUGUCCCGGGGAGUCCUCUUUCUGCUGUGGGCAGCUGUGAGCGGAAGGCAGCGGAGUGUCACUGCAUCCGCUUUCGUAACACAAAAAAAGGGGUGUCGGGGGGUUGGGGAUUUGGCUCAGUGGUAGAGUGCUUGCCUAGCAUGCGCAAGGCCCUGGGUUCGGUCCCCAGCUCCGAAAAAAAAAAAAAAAGGGGUGUCGGGAUAGGCGAAUGUGGGGAGGGCCGUGCAGGCACAGGGACAUCAUAAGUGUGUGUGUAUGACAAGAGUCCCACUGCUUAGCCCAAUCUGGCCUCUAACUCGGGCUAGCCGCCUGCCUUUGCCACCUGAGGGCUAGCAUGAGUGUAGGUCAUCACGCCUGGCUUAUUGACCUUAUCACACUGCAGCUGGCGCACUCUGUGUGUCCAACCGCACCCCGGAAACCCGCUACACCCUCAAGAGUGCAGGUGCAUUCAGGUCACCUCAGCCCUCAAGUCGAGGAAGGACGAUCAGGAGCGUGAAGCCAGCCGGAGCUACAUGACUCCGUCUUAAAAAACUAAAUAAAAUGCGAGAAAUCGGUCCAGGAAGGCGUCCCCAGUUCAGGGAAGCACUGUGGAUUGCCCGCCCACCACCCACCCCAAAACCCUGAGGCGCACUGUGGCUUCGCUUCAUCUGCGCAACUGCACAUGCGCCUAUGGCCUUGGCUCAAAGUGCUCGGACCCAUGGCAGCUCGGCCGUCGCGCAGGCGCACUGGCGUACUGGCCUCUGCCCGGAGCGCUGUCGCCUCCCCGCCGCCAUGGCCGCACCCGCGCCCGGUCUCAUCUCGGUCUUCUCCAGCCCACAGGAGCUGGGCGCAUCGCUGGCGCAGCUGGUGGCGCAGCGGGCCGCUAGCUGCUUGGAAGGGAACCGUGGCCGCUUCGCUCUUGGCCUGUCAGGCGGCAGCCUGGUCUCCAUGCUGGCCCGAGACCUACCCGCCGCCACUGCUCCCGCGGGGCCCGCCAGCUUUGCACGCUGGACGCUCGGCUUCUGUGACGAGCGCCUCGUGCCCUUCGACCACGCCGAAAGCACGUACGGCCUCUACCGGACACACCUGCUCUCAAAGCUGCCCAUUCCAGACAGCCAGGUCCUCACCAUCGAUCCCGCCCUACCUGUGGAGGACGCUGCAGAGGACUAUGCCAGGAAACUGAGGCAGGCCUUCCAAGGAGACACUGUCCCUGUGUUUGACCUGCUGAUCCUGGGAGUGGGCCCUGACGGCCACACCUGUUCGCUCUUCCCUGGGCAUCCCCUCCUCCAGGAGCGGGAGAAGAUCGUGGCUCCCAUUGGUGACUCCCCAAAGCCACCACCGCAGAGGGUGACCCUUACACUCCCUGUGCUGAACGCAGCCCAAAGUGUCAUAUUCGUGGCCACAGGGGAAGGCAAGGCAGCUGUGCUGAAGCGCAUCCUGGAGGACCAGGAGAGCGCGCUGCCCGCCGCCAUGGUGCAGCCGCGCACGGGCGCCCUCUGCUGGUUCCUGGACGAGGCAGCUGCACGGCUGCUGUCUGUGCCCUUCGAGAAGCAUUCCACGUUAUAGGGGCCGCACCACGCACGCUGUGGGCACUUCGGGCCGCAGAGACUACGGGAGAGGACUACCUGCAGAUUAAACAGCUUUGCUGGAACUCUG